UAGGGAACGAGAUCUGGAAUUCAAAGUAAACCCCGGUGAAAUGAACUCUUCUCUACAAUUUGUAUCCUGACUUUAAUUUACAUUCAGGUGCUGUGGUGUCAAAGUAGUAGAUGGAGGUUAACAACAUGCCAUCGCCACAAGUCCUGCAACCGGUGCUUAAAAUGAAAGUGGAUGAGCUCUUCCUCAACUGGUUGAGUGAGCCAACGACCCAGAUGAUACUCAAAGACUACCUGGGCCUGAUCAAGAGUGGACAGAGCAUUGACUUGGGGCUUGGGGACACUAAGGACAAAAGGUCGAUGACCUUCAAUGAGAACAACAAUGUGGCGUCCAAGAGAAGUCUGACGGAGAGGUCUUCUGCACCCCUCGGUGCGCCUUCCAGCCCCCCCUCUACACACACACUACCCUCUGGGAGCAGUGGUAACGCCAGAGUAGUGGGGCCCAAUGGGAGGGCGCUACGGAGGUCUGUCAGCACGAAAAAGGCCCAGGUGAAGAGCGAGGCGCCUGUUCCCACGGCGCUGAGUGAAAGCAUUCCAAAGUUCUACUUUCCGCGGGGGCGGCCCAAAGCCAACCUCAACAUCGACGGCCUCAUUGCUAAGAUCGAGAAAAUAUUUUCCCAAUUCCCCAAUGAAAGGGCCACCAUUGAGGACAUGGGGAAGGUUGCCAAGGCAUGCGAGUGUCCGCUCUACUGGAAAGCUCCAUUGUUCAAUUCGGCUGGAGGCGAUAGGACGGGCUUCGUGUCCGUUCACAAGUUUGUGGCCAUGUGGAGAAAAAUGCUGCAGACCUGUCAUGACGACGUGUCUAAGUUUGUACACCUCUUGGCCAAACCUGGCUGUAAUUACCUGGAACAAGAGGACUUUAUUCCAUUCCUUCAGGAUGUGGUGAACUCUCACACAGGCCUGGCCUUCCUGAAGGAGGCGUCCGACUUCCACUCACGCUACAUCACCACAGUUGCCCAGAGGAUAUUCUACAAUGUGAACAGGUCAUGGUCAGGCAGGAUCAGCUGUUCAGAGCUCAGGAAAAGCAGCUUUCUCCAGAACGUGGCCCUGCUAGAGCAGGAGGAGGACGUGAACCAGCUGACAGAGUUCUUCUCCUACGAACAUUUCUACGUCAUCUACUGCAAGUUCUGGGAGCUGGACACAGACCAUGACCUAUACAUAGACCAGAGAGACCUGGCCCGACACAACGACCAAGCUAUCUCCCACAAGAUGAUUGAAAGAAUAUUUUCUGGGACAGUUACCAGGGAUAGACGUCUGCGUAAAGACGGCAGGCUGAGCUACGCUGACUUUGUCUGGUUCCUCAUCUCCGAAGAAGACAAGAAGACUGACACCAGUAUAGAGUACUGGUUCCGGUGUAUGGACCUGGAUGGGGACGGUGUGUUGUCUAUGUACGAGCUGGAGUAUUUCUAUGAGGAGCAGUGUGUGAAGUUGGAGACCAUGGCAAUCGAGCCCCUGCCCUUCGAGGACUGUCUCUGUCAGAUGCUCGACCUGGUCAAGCCGGAGGUCGAGGGAAAGAUCACCCUACGGGACCUGAAGCAGUGUAAGUUGUCUCACAUCUUCUAUGACACCUUCUUCAACAUCGAGAAAUACCUGGACCACGAGCAGAAAGACCCCUUCUCUGUUGUAAGGGAGGCUGAGACAGAGGGCCAAGAGAUCUCGGACUGGGAAAAAUAUGCAGCGGAGGAGUACGAUAUCCUGGUUGCCGAGGAGACUACUACAGAUCAGUACAACGACGGGUAUGACAAUGCUCUGAGUCACAUCUCCAGUGAAUUGGGUCUGAGGACAGAGGAGAGACAUUUCUUUGAGAUCCCCAACCCUCACUGCAAUCUGGACUUGGAUGAGGACGACUUUGAAUAACCAGCACUGGGAGAGUAACAAAACAGGGAGAAGAAGCGGCUACGGGAUACAGGACAUAUAGCAGUGUGAGCAGUUGAACGCCAAACCAGAACCACAAACGUUCACGCGAAACAAUGGUACAGAUACGAUCACACGGCUAACUCUGAUCCACAGACACUCGUCAAACUAGGGAUGAAAACAAGCGCUACCACCAAACUACAGGACUAACAAACAUCACACGGUUACUUAGUGGAAGCUGGCAACCACAGGAACAGGAAAUGCCCACCAGACUCUAGGCAAUACAGGAAGAAGACACUCUGUGGUGGGAAGUUGCAUCUUGAUCUGCCAAACGAUGCAUGUGUCGUUACCAGCUCUUACCUUUAACUAGAGGACACUUCAGUCCAUGGCCUCAAAAAAAAAAACUCAUGUUUUGCCUUUCUCUACUCAGUUAAGGUACAAACGCAUUGUUGCAACAGAGUGAUAAGAGAAAGGUGCUGCCGUCAUCUUAGCAGUGGUGUUAAACAUACAUGAAUUGGUUUAAACGCUGGUUCCUACUGGGUCCUGGCUCAACACUUCUUGGUUGUGACUACAAACAUCAGUUUUGUUAUGUGGUGGCUCGCGAGGCAAUUCAGGAGGCCUUGGGUGGGUUGCAGCGGAAAAAAUGUAGGUCAUUAGGAGAUCCGAGAGGCUUUUAGGUGGGUCGAUCACAUCAUGAAACAGUUUGGUAACCAUUAGACAAGAGCCACUGAGGCACACUUGAAUUAUUAAGUUAAUAUCCCACAUCAAUGACAAACAUUGUUUUGUUACUCAUUCUUAGCAAUUGGCCAAUUCAACAUUCCAGAGAUAUGAACCAUAUUGAGUCGUUUCUGGUCCGAUUGCAAAGUAAAAAGGUAAGGUCUACCUGCUGGGAGGGGCGGGGUAGUAGUGCUGGAGCGCAGUCCAAAUGCCUGGCAAGGCACAGACAGUGUCUAACUGUACAAUAUUGAGUUCAUCAGUAUAAUAUAUUCUUUCUCAUAUGCUUUUUCUUGGUGUGAGAUGGGGUUAUACAUUUGAAAUAAACUGUACAUAUUUAUUUUGUGCUUGCUGUGUUGCAAAGUGGGUGGUCAGAUGUUUUGAACAAAUAUUUUUUUUUUUAUAUAUAUCUCUGACAAAGUACUUUAAUACAGGAAGUAAGAUGUAUGUUUUGUUCAAAUAAAGAAUGAAAAAGA